AUGUCGCAAGGAAAGACGUGUCAUUUUAAGCUCGUGUUGUUGGGUGAUACGGCCGUGGGCAAGUCCUGUCUAGUCGUACGGUUUGUACGUGAUGAAUUUUUUGAAUUCCAGGAGCCAACAAUCGGCGCUGCUUUUCUUACACAAACGGUCGGUCUUGAGAACGGGUUGACUGUUAAAUUUGAGAUCUGGGAUACCGCUGGACAAGAGCGAUACCGUAGCUUAGCACCCAUGUAUUAUCGUGGUGCCGCAGCUGCUAUUGUCGUGUAUGACGUGACUAACAAGGACUCGUUUACUGGUGCCAAGUCUUGGGUCAAAGAGCUGCAACGCCGCGGAGACCCAAAUGUGGUGAUUGCUCUUGCGGGCAACAAGGCGGAUCUUGAAGCCCGCCGCAAUGUGGAGUUCGAAGAGGCUCACCAGUAUGCCGAGGACAAUGAUAUUCUCCAUAUGGAAACGUCGGCAAAGACAGCCGUGAACGUGAAGGACCUGUUUGUGGCAAUUGCAAAGAGACUACCAAAGAAUCCACCUCAGCCUGAGCGCGAGGCAUUUCCAAUCACUCCACCUCAGGCUACCAAGUCCAAGAGCGGGUGCUGCUAG